CCAUGGCGGGAAAUCAUGGCAACGCUCGCUGUAGUGGAGCAGGGCAUGGAAAGAUUCGUCAAGGGUCUCUUCCAGGGGAGUCCUGAUCUCAGCACCCUUACUCACGCCAUCGUGCGGAAAAAAUAUCUCACUCACAUUGGAAAGGAGACUUUGACCAAAGAGGAGAAAGACCAGCUCAAACGGCUGAUAGAGAAAGAACUGCUCCAGAUUCAGAUUGAAGAUUCUGGCGACGAAGGGUUAUUGACUAAAUGGAAGCCUUCAGCCGAUUCCGGGGGCCAAAAGAGAACCCUUUGCAUCUCGGAUAGCUCUGGAGAUGAGGUAGAAAGCAGACGUGAGCGGAAGAAGCGGCGAACUGUGAAGGAGUUGGAACUCAGUUCUGAUGAAGAGGAUUCUGGGAUUGAUUCCAAGAAGGCACGAGUCUGUCGAGGCCCAAAGGGUGCUGGGAAAUCCUUGAGCUCCUCUGACCACGGAGACUCUGGAGCAGAAGGUCAUGCUGAGGCAUCUGGGAGCGAGGAGGAGAGUGUGAAGAACAACACUACACCCCCCUCCCGGAAGACUGAAAGAGAGACGCUGGGGAGGCCACCCAGCAAGGGGCAGCGAGGCAGAGGGAAGGGGGAAAGGCCAGGGAGUGAGAGAGAGGAGAGCCAGGGAGGGCAGGGGAGCGAUGCUGAAGAAGAGGUCAGCAAAGCCAGGAAACCAACAAAGCACCAAACUGAAGAGUCAGAGAAUAAUUCUGAGGAUGACCUUAAAGAGUACAGGCUCCAGAAGAGGAAAGGGAUGGGCAGAAAGGCGAAAGGCCCUGACAGGGUGGGGAAGGGGGAGUGGAGAAAAGAAGAUAAGCAAAGGGGGAAAAGAGAGACUGAGUCAGAAGACGAAAGCGAUCUGUCUGAGACACGUGGAAAGAAGAGAACCGGUCGGAGUGAUAGUGGAAAGGAGAAGGGAGGAGGUGAGGGCCAUAAGACCAAGAUCCUGGGAGGAUCCAGAAGCCGUAAGGUUCGAGGGCAGAGCCAGAGUGAGGAUGAGUCUGACUGUGCUUCAGGGGAGAAGCCAAAGACACAGAGCAAAGUGGCUGGUUAUAAACACCAAAAGAAAGAUGCGAGCGUGGAGGAGUCUGAGAGCGAUCCAGAGGACAGGUGUGAAGGCCAGAUGAAGAAAGAUGUACACAAGACCAAAUCCCAGAGGGCGAGGGCAGAGAAACUGGAGACCGACAGUGAUUCGGAAGAAAGAGAAGUGCUUAAGAAGAAGGUAAAAAACCAAGGGAUGAAAAAGGCACAGGGGAGGGGGAUGAGCAGAAAGGAGACGGAGGGAAACCAGAAACGCAGGAAUCCCAUAAAGCAGCAGGGAGGGCACAAGCCCAAGAGAAGCGUGAGCAGAAAAGAAUCGGGAAGCGAGACGGAAGAAGAGAAGGGCUCGGAACUAAAAAAGAAGGUAACGCGUGACUCCAGCAGUAGUGAAAACGAGUCCCAGAGGGAGGCAGGGCAGAGGGGGAGAGGCAGAAAGCAGCCUGGGAAGACGGCCCUUAGCAGAGGCGACUCAGAAAGCGGCUCUGAAGAAACUGCAGGUGUGACUCCGAGACAAAAGAGGAUGUCAACAGGGAGGAGGGUGAGCGAGGAGGUGUCUGGGAGCGGAUCCAGCGAGGCAGAAGACGAACCGAAAAAGAAAGGAGCGGAGAAGUCCCGGCAAGAAAGUGUCAACGAAGUGGAAUCGGAGGGUGAUUUGGAAGAAUCCGGCAGCGAAUCUGCAGGGGAGGCGAAAAGCAGAAGCCGGCAGGAGAAACAAACACAGAAGCCCAAAGGCCGAAGUAACAGCAAGGGAGAAAUGAGGAGCGAAUCAGAUAAGGAGGACGAGUGCAGUAGCUCGGGAGAUGAAGACAGUCCUAGAUCUUCCAAGAAGCCGCAUCAAGGGAAGGACAAAGAGCACCGUUCCGCAAAGGGCGAGGAUCACCCUUCGGUCCAGCGCCUGAAGCGCUACAUCCGGGAGUGCGGCGUGCGCCGGAAUUACAAGAAACUGCUGAUGGGUUGCCGUUCGCGCAAGGCACAGUUGGAGGUGUUGAAGCAGGAGCUGGAAAACCUGGGUCUGAAGGGGACGCCCACUCUAGCCAAGUGCAAGGCCCUGAAGAAAAAGCUGGAAGAAGCUGCUGAGGUGGCUUCCCUUGAUCUAAGCAACAUUAUCGCUACAGAAGGCCGCCCAAGGCGUCGUAAUGUCUGGAGUCUCUACAGCAAGCCAGAGGAGCCGCCCAGUUCGCCAGAGGAGCCGCCCAUCCGGCGUCCUUCGACGGAGUGGUCCCGUCUUCGAGGGGUCAUCAGUUCCGACGAUGAAAGCGAUUGACUGUGGGGGGGGGGCAUCCAAGCAGUUAUGGGUCAUGACCCUAGCUUUGAG